AGUACAGUAUAGGUUAUGGUGCAACAUGCUUGGAGUUGGAGUUUUGUGUCACCUGCAGAGCCAUAGGCUGUAUCUGGGCAUGCUUGGCACUGUAGUUAGUAACUGCAACUCCCCGCAUUCCUUGAAACAGCCUAUGACUCUUUUUUGUGGAAUACAUGAUGCAGCCCAGCCUCACCCAGCCUCUACCUCCAGUUGAGACCCGAUUUACACCCUCUCAGACUCGUAUUUACACCCUCUGAUCCUAGCUGUCACAUCCCAUUUUGCAAUGCAGUUCCCACCCAUUUGGUGAAAGUACAGAUAGUCAACCAAAUGAAGAAGUGUAGCAAGAAAGUAAAAACACUAUUGGAAUAAAGGUACCAAGGCUAUAAAGUGAUAGAAAAAGCGAUUUUUUUCAGUUUUAUGUAAAUAAGGCUUUGUAUACAAUAAAUCAGAUGUACUGAUCUUGUCUAAUACUUAUUGGAGCCAUAUACAUCCGAUAGCUGUCAACCAGCUUUACCUUGUAUCACUAAACCCUUUGCCUCUAAGCCACACCCCUAUUGAUUGCUAAAAUGUAGUCGCAAAGCUUGGUGAUACAAGCAAAGCAAAGUUUUUUAUGGAGGCCAUGUGAUUGGCCAUUGGCUCCAGAAAGUCACAUGGAGCUUACCAGAGAUGAAUUUCCAUGUUUCCUUCCUAGAGCCACUGCCACUUAGUUAUAAUGGAUAAUGAAGGUCAAAGUGGUCACCAAUCUCACCAACCUCUUUAAAUAGUGUAAUUUGGUGCUCAAAGCAUAGAUAUCUGUUAUUCUACAUAUUAUGGAUAAAUGUUGCUCAAAAGCAAAACUUCCCUUUAAAUAGUUUACACAAAAUGUCUUAUAUUGUCUUAUAUUGAGAUGGUAAGCUUCCUAAUGCAUAGGUAUUGAUAGGAAAUUAUGAAUUUCUAUAUACUGUUUCAGACUGCUGUAUAUUGAGAUGUCUUGCCAAUACCGUACAAGUGUAUUACAAUGCAAUAGUGUUCCUUGUUACAGAUAAAGAAUACAAAGCGUUCAGGCAUUGUCUAUGGCCUCCUAUAAUUACAGAGGGCAUUUAAGAACCUUGACUUUCUGCCAAUUAGAACAGACAAAUGCUUAGUUUUAUCCCCACCAACCUGUCUGCCUAUGCUCAGUGAUAUCAGAACUGGGAGGCCGAUUACCAUCCGGAGCACAAAGCCAUCCAUCAGCCACUCAUCAGUACCGUCUCUAUCGAGCGUGUAAUAUGAAUGUUGGCUACAGCCUCUCCAAGCAUUGAGAGUUCCCAAGAUAAGAUAUUUCAUAGGUCUCAGUUUCUUCUACACAUGAGGAAUGACACUAAACAGAGAUCGCUAAUACAGAUACUGUAAAAAAAAGAAAGUUAUAUUGCGCAGCUAUAUUUCCCGCCUAGUCAGAGUGCUCACCCCCAGCAGACAUUAGCAUAUUCAUUACGGAGGCAGGUCGGAUGGGCAAUAUGGAGCGGGCAAACCCACCUUCAUUGCGCAAUAAAACUAGAAGAAAGAAGACACAUAACUCUACAAAUACUGGACAGAUUGAUGAAACAAAGACAACAGUGAAGAUGCUUCAAAAUGCAUAGGGUGGACAUCGCGCUACCACUACCUCGUCCACCUCUUUGAAGCAUCCUCAGGGGAAGAAUUAUAGAGAUACAAAUACUAAUCCGGUCUUGUAUGUUAGACCGAUAGUACAACAAGAUACAACAAAAAUCCUGUUUCCGAAUGCGCAUGUUACACUGAAGAUGCCCCUUGGCUUGUAAUGAGCCAAAGCCUGGAGACAUGAACCUCUAUGUGACAUAGAAAGAAUUAUUUUUCCUCUUACGUUGGAACUCUGGUAGUGAUCAAUGGAUAUGGCUAAACAACUACUCUUUCUGUGGAUCGUGUUGAUGGUGUUACCACCGAAUAGUCAAGAGAGCAAAGUAUUAGAACGGAGCAAUUUUGAAAAGAUUCUUUCUAUCUGGAAGUUGAAAUUGAGGCCUCCUCCUUCCAUUGUAUCUAACCUGAAGACAAAAUUAAAUUCUGUGGAUAUACAAACUUUACUGGAUAAAAUGGCACUUAGGUUUGAGUCACUGUGGACUACACCAGAACAAGCUCCAUUGUUCAUUAAUUCUCCAAAAUACAAAGUCAAACAAAAUCGUCUCUCUCAAUUUUUAUAUAAUAUUUCAACAUAUCUGCAGAAUCAGGAACUUCAUGAACAAGAGGCUGAAAGUUGGGACGGGCUAGUAAAUCAGUUUCUCCAGGUUCCAGCCGAGAGGUCUUCAGCACUUCCCAUUAUUAAGCUUCAGGAUUUUCUUGUCUCAUUGAGAGGAAGCCAAAACUGGAGCUUUCUCCUAAGAUUCAUACAGAACAUUUUCAGAUCGAUUAGCAGCAGGCAGAACACUGUUCAGCUUUUAGGCCAAAACUGGGAGAUGCUCAGCGGGCUGCUGGAUACCUUGUUUCAAGCAUUCCUAAGUGGUACCUUAACUCAGUCCAGCACAACACUUCAAGGGGUUUUAUGUUCCAUUAUGGGUCAGCGGAACUGUGGUAUUCUACCUGAGUUUAUGAGACUACUGUUACCAUUUGAGGCCAAUAACUGGAGGCCAGUAGUGAAUGUACAGACUGGGAGUUCUGUUAGACCACAUGGAAAUUAUUUUAGGCCUUUUAGCUUGUUGUCUGAAUCCUUAAGAGACAAAAAUUCCAACUCCAGUAGACCGAGUCCUGGAUCAGCACAAGAAGAAGUACAAAAUGUCCUGGAAAUAUUAUAUCGUUCUAGAGAAAAGGAAAAGGGAACCAAAGUUUCUGACUCAGACAGUACUACAGAGGAUGCUGUUUGGGGAGUAUUAGAAGACCUGCGCUACAGUCUCAUGAAAAAGAUGGAGAGGUCUGUAUAUGACAACUUGAAUAGGAAGGUUUCCCGCAUGGCAGGAACAUUGAUGCAUAGGGUGUCCUCAGUAAUUGGAAUACCUCACGCUGAUCAGGAUGGAAGAUGCUCAGUAGGAAACCUACAACAGUUACUUUUGUGGGGCAUAAAACACAAUAUUACUUGGAAUACCCAAACCCUUGGAUUUACAUCAACAAGUUUCCCAUCAACUCCUCCGAUCCUGACAUGUAGCAAGCCUGCUGUGAAAAUAAUGGAGGCAACUCAUAAUAUUACAAAGAGGUCCUCAACUGAUUUUUGGGAAGAGCCCCAGCCUUAUACUGAAGUAUUAGAGGCUGUAUGCAAUGACACAAUCCCAGGCCUGCCCGGUAUCUCCAACUUCACAGUUUUUCUGUAUUGUCAUGUGUAUAAUGCCACAGGAUACUCAGUAGACACAUCAUACAAUCUACAGGCCGCCUGCUCAGAUGCAGCUUGGUACUUAUCAUCCAUGGAAGAAGACUCUUUUUGGGUAUGGGUGUGCAGGGAAUAUUUCCCUCUUGAAUUUAAUAUUACUGUUUGCAAAAACUCAUCAUUUCAGAUGCACAACCAGGAAUCAAGAUUAAUGACCGAUCUAUGCACCAAUGUUUCCAAUACCUCUGAGGCCACCAGGGAACUGAGGAACAACAUCCGGUGUUCAGAUAUGUGGCAAGGAAUUUCCAUGAACCCCAAGGCUUUGAAAACAUGUCUGUUUGAUAACAAAACGAUCAUGAUGGAGAAGCUAUGUAGUAAUGAUUCAUUGUCCGGCAUGUCGGAAGACAGUAGGACGUGGCUGUCCAGACUUUGUAAUAGACAGACAGUAAAAACUUAUAUAACUAGCUCCACAUGCAAUUACAAGACAUGGGAAAGCAAAACUUUCAGCAAUGCUACUUUGGUGGAAGAAUGUAAGGGGGUAAAUAUUCAAGAUUUUAUAGAUCUUGUGUGCAGAAACGCUUCUCUGUAUUUUGCCCUGAAAUCGGUUCAUCCCUGGAUUGUGGAUCAGUGUUGGAAAAACACUUCAUUACAUGGCAGAUGUUUCCUUCAGAGACUUGCAGAUGUUCUUCCAUUGUCAUCGAGCUUUGAUUCCUCACAACUAUGCAGAAAUCCUAUAUCUUACAUAAUAGGCCUGGUUUCUCAGCUCUCCCAGUGUGACAGUGAAUCCUAUGGCUGGGCUGUAAAUGUGCAGUAUCUUCUGAAGGUGCUGGAUUUUCUCUUCUCUCUCUCAGACUCUGAUCAGAUAGGUAAGGAAACAAGGGAUAGACUAGGAGAGGCCAUUCUCCUCUCUAGCCUCCUGGAUAAUACCUCUUUCUGGACUUCUUUCAAGAUGAAUUCUUCAAUAAGCAUCCUGCACACUGUUGAAUUGUAUCUAGAAAAAGAAAGCAGUGAAUCAGACAAGGAGGAUCUCCUUAGCUGUUUUAGUCCUGUGCUAUGGGACCUCAUCCAGAAGGAGGAAAAUGCUAAUGCUUUUGAAAUUCUACUCCAGGAAUAUCUGCAAAUGCCAAGGGAAGGUUUCCAGAAGGUGCUGUUAUCGGCAGAAAAUAAUGCAGUUGAACGCUUUAUUUCACUGAUGCAUCGAUCAUGGCCAAAAAUUCAGAAGACUAGUCCUGAUGAAAAGGGGUUGGAGACCUUAACUUCAAUGUUUAUUCAGAAAUUUCCACUCUUAACGCCUCAGAUCUUUGUGGACCUUUCCCAGUUCAUUCCUUUCAUGUCCAUAUCUGACAUUGUGAGCUUUCCGAUAACUCUUUUGGCCAACCAGAGCGUAUUAGAUGCAAUAAAAAUCCACAGUCAAGAAAUGAAGGUUACUCAGAAGCGUGCUUUUGCUAAACAUUUCCUACAAGCUGACAUUUUUGGUGAAGUCCCAUCGUGGCCACCGCACUUUCUGAGGUCUAUUCAACCGCUUCUUCCAUUCCUGCCAUAUUGCCACUUUGUGCAGCUCAGCUCUGAUCAGAUUAAAUUGCUGGCAGAUGGCUGGAAAGAUGGGAACGUGGGGAUGAUACAAGGCCGGUAUGUGGCACAAAGCCUUAUGAACAUCAGCAAAGAUGUAGACAAAGUACAGAGGCUUGGUCAUCUUAUUUGUUACUUGACAUAUGAAGAUCUACAACAGUUUCAGCCCUUUCAUUACCCACUAGGAACAGUGGAGAAGAGGCUGCUUGAAUGUGUGUCACUGAGAACACUGUCCCACCGUGGAAGACUGGCUUACUCCUUAGUAAGUUUACUGAAAAGGACUAAUUUACAGACGCUGGACAUUGAUGAGAUGACUGGAUGGAAAAGUUUGCUUCCAGAAAUGGGGGUCACAUUUUUCCAGUCUCUUCAAACAAAUUUUGUUACGUCUCUACUUCCUCAACUGCAAGCAUCAGAUCUUUCUGCUGCCCAGGCAUUGUCAAUACUCACUAACAUUACCUCAAAAUUAAAUGUUGCAGAGCAGGUGCUUUGUGAACUGCACCCCUUGCUUCCGGUUCUCAGCCCAGAGCACUUGCGCUCUCUUUCCACCUCUCUUUUGGCCAGAGUUUGCCAGUGUCUACGUCCUUCCCUGCCUCUAUUGACGGCUGCUCAGAAAGCGGCUUUAAUGCAGUCAUUAAGGAAACAUAUCCAAGAUGUUGAACUCUGGCCUGAGCAGUUCUCCUGUCUUCUUCCCUUUGCACCAUUGAAACUGUUGCAUUUGGACACACAAAUACUACUUCGGAACAUGAGCUUGUAUGGAGAAGUUGCCUGGAUGCCACAGCAGACUCAGUUUCUUUGGAGAAAGAUUCAAGCCGGUGCAAAUCUGACCAAGAAUACAAUCCUCAGCCUUGGAACUCUGGCUAAUGGGAUUGAAUGUGACAGUCUGCAACAACUAAACACCCUGUCGGAAAUCAGAGAUGUGGUUAAGUAUCUCCAAGGGAUUCCUAGUGGUCUGCGAAAAAGUCUUAGGAAGUGCAUCUUAGAGGAAAUUCAAAAGCGUCCUGAGCUUUCCUGGGAAGAUACAGGCUGGAUGGGACCAGAAUUUAUCACUGAUCUCCCAGUGAAGCUAAUUGAUAGACUUUCUAAUGAAUCGGUGAAGCUAUUCCUGGAACAUGCUCAUAAGUACCCAAAAAGUUUCAUGGAACUAUCCUCUCAUAAGAAGUCUAUUCUAGCACAGAGAGCUCUUCAUAUCUUGCAAAUCCCAAUAUAUGGAGAAAUAACUGCACAAGACCUGGAUCUCUUGGGACCGUUGGUUGGAUUUAUUGGAGAAGAAGACAUUUCUCGCAUCAAUAGGAAACAUUUACUAUUCCACUUGGAAGAGCUUAAGUCAUACUGUCUGUCUGAGGAAUUUAGUGGAAACCUUGGAAAGAUAUUAACCGAAGAUGAAUUGUUGGGGCAUCCAACAUAUUGGACACAUAUCCAUAUACAACAACUGGGAAGAUUAAUCUUCUACUUAACACCAGAAAACAUUCAUUUUGUAUCCAAGGAUGUGUUGGGACGAGAUACUUUGGAAUGGCUACUGGAGAGUCAAAGAGAAUGGGAAGACAGUGAGAUCGGGAAGAUCUGUACAACACAAAGCUCUCUUGUUCAGGAGCAGAUAAGGAGGAACAAGAUGUCCUUGGUCUCUUCUCUUACGAGGAGUGGUUUUAGAGGCAUUCGAGAGCCUAUUCCCAAAUGUAUGGACAUGAGGGUAACCUUCCCAUCGGCUUGGAGCCCCUCUCAGAUUAGUGGCAUGCUUUUGUCAGAAUUCGAAGGCUGUUUGGUGAUUAUCACACAAGAUUUGAGUUUUUCUACUGAUCAAGCAAAAGCUGCUCUAGCAAAAGCAAAGCAGGUGUAUGGUCCAGUUAAGACAAUGAGUCCGGCACAGAUUCUUCAGCUUGGUCACCUUGUUACCUACAUGACUGAGAGAGACCUGAAUGACAUCAAUAUAUCAGACUGGGGGCUUGUCUCUUUUCUGGGCAGGAUGGAAAACUGGACCUGGAAACAGAUGAAAACAUUGGCAUUCAGUGCUCUGCGUCAGAACAAGAAAGGUUCAUCAGACCUGGAUCUUAUGGAGCUGACAGCCCUUGGACAUCUACUCUGUGGCCUUGGAGUAGACGAGUUAAAGAAAAUAAAUUCACAAGAGUUCAGCCAGGCAUCUGUCUUUGUGGGUACCCUAAAACUGAAGUGUACUGAGGCUCAAAUGGAGACUUUGGCAGAGCACUUAACAUACAAUUCAGCAUUUGGAUUAGUUAGCAGAUGGGGUCCUGAGAUCUUCACUGAGGUUGGAACUCUUGCAGCUGGCCUUCCAGACAUUGUCCUGUCAUCUCUGAUAAGAGAUCAAAUUCAAGGAUUAACACCUGAUGCAAUAUCUCUUAUUUCAGCACCCAAGUUUGCCGUUGUGUUCAGUCCAGCUCAGCUCUCCUGCUUUACCAGUGACCAGGCCACUGCAGUCACCCCACAACAAUAUGAACAUCUCAGCUAUCAACAGCGGCAAGCCAUCUCCAGUGCACAGUAUGACGGGGAUAUUCAUCAAGAUCUGCGAGGAGAAAACAGUGUGAGAUCUCUUGCUGCCUGGCAUCCUGUUCUUUAUAUCAUGGUGCUUCUUUUAUUGCUUCACUGAUCUAUAGUGUCACAGCCUAGUUGGUUGGCACUUUGGGAGAUGUUUUUGUAAAAUAUUGCUAAUAUGUCCCACAUGGAUUUUUAAUAAAAUUCUACUAGUAAUGAGAGAUCAGAAUUGUUACUUUGCGGUAUAUUCUCAAAUGAAUGGGUUCUGUGAAAACAGUACAUAUCGGAAUACAAGAUGGUAGCCAUAUUUGUGAGUGCAUAGUGUGUGGCAGGGGUCAGUGCUUUUAGUCAGCACCUGUCAAGGUAAUUCCAAUAGUUCUUCUAAGCAUUGCUAAAAUUAAUAAUGGCAAUGCUACAGAGGUAUCACCAGGUAAUUCAGACAUACAGUGCCUUGCAGAACUAUUCACCCCCCUCAAACUUUUCUACAUUUUGUUAUGGUAUAACCACAGAUUAAAAUGCG